AUGAGGGAGUCCGAGGAGCAGGAGGAGGAGGAGGAGGAGGAGGAGGAGGAGCUGCUGAGGUGAGGAUGUUGGUCUUGGCAUCGGAGAGAAAGGAACUCUACAGAGGUGAGAGCAGCUGCUGCUACCUGACCUCCUCUGUGAGUGUGUGUGUUUGUGUGUGUGUGUGUGUGAUUGUGCUGUAGAUAGGGAUGAUGUGGAUUGUUAAGAAUUUAGCGAUUCUGAUUCCAUUAUUGAUACGAUUCCUUAUCGAUUCUCAUUGAGUGAGAAAUAAGAGAAUACAAAUGGGUUUGUUCUCAUUAACUCUUUAAUAUUUUCACCUUUGGACAUAUUCAAGCGCUAAUAAUGUAAUUUUAUUCUUCCCUGCCUCAAUGGGGCCGCCAAAGGUGCAUAAGAGCUACCUGCUAGCAUGACUCUCAUCGUCAUCUAAAUGUAAUUUAAGGAGAUAGAGAGUAUUUAUAUCCUGAAACAUGGCGCUGACAUCUUCACAAUGGACAAGACCUGGUGGAGUUAAAUGUUACUCUGGUGACGCCGGGACGUUAGCUCCGCUCCUGCUUUUUCCUGAACCAGUCUCGCCUUCGCUAAGUAGCGUAUCGAACACGUUACACUUCCACAAAUUAAUUGCAUGCUGGGUUGACAAAUGUUUCCGCAUUUUGGGAGUAUUUCCCCCCCUCGACAAAAUUAAAGCUUUGCAAGUGCUAUAAGUCGCCCUGGUAUCGUCUUUUUGCAUGAAAUACAACCAAACUCUGGAGUUUUUUUGCUUCGACGCCAUGCUGGAAAGUUCUGAACCAAAACUUACUUCUCGCGUACAACGUCAUUAUGCAAAGAGACGUGAGAGGAACCGAUGAGCAGAAUCGUUAAGGAGGCAGACGAACAAUUCUUAGGAAUCGAAUCACUGGGAACAGGUUCUAAAACACAACUCACCUACUCUCCUCCAGCAGCUGCUUGUUUGUAGUGAGACCUCAGGCCAGUCCAUUACAGACUACAGCGGGGUGACGCAGCUCAAGGAAGAACAUUUAUGAUCAUUUCUUUAUCAUUUCCUUGAAGUAAUUAUCUUCAUAUUAAUCAUUUUACAGACACUGUAGUUCUUCUGUCUUAGCGUCUCGGUCUGAUUGUAUUUCCAUGAAGAAAUGAUCAUAAAUGUUCUUCCUUGAGCUGCGGCACCCCGCUGUAGUCUGUAAUGGACUGGCCUGAGGUCUCACUACAAACAAGCGUCUGCUGGAAGAGAGUAGGUGAGUUGUGUUUAGUCUCUUUGCUAAAGAAAUGAGUCAAAGUUAAAAAGAUGUUUGGUGUCUAGUACUAUGUCUGUGACCCUAUAUGUCCUGUUGAUGAAGUUAGGUGCUGUUCUGAGCAUUAUUUGUGGCUAUAGAGUGGCGUUUUGGUUGAGCACUUGUCUCUUGUUGUUACUAAAGUUGGUAUAACUAGAGAAGCAAGCGGUCGACAACAUUCAUCUCUGGAGGGGGGGGUCUAACUCUGUGUUACGGUGGGUUUGACCCUAAAUUAAUUUCUGACAGAAUAUCCCUUUAACCUGUCGUUGACUGACUGGCCUAAAGUUUCCUGUGUGUCAUACUAACAUCUCUCUGGUCAGUCUUCAGUGUGUAAAAGUUGUAAAAUUCCACGCCUGAAUUAUCCUGAUUUGGGUCAGUCCCGCUUUACUCUGACUCCACGAGACAAAAACACACACCUCCUCCGGAUGACUAAUUGUCUAAUUAAAACUACAGCAGACUCUCGUGUUUGUGUUUCUGUGUUGCCUGUUGUGUAUUUAGGGUGACUCUCCUUUUUCCCGUCUGCACGAUUCUCCUGGAAAACUACCGUGAGCGCGUGCGGCGAGCACAGACACCUGACUGUCAUGAGGAGCCUGCAAACAAUGCUCCUCCUCUGUCACAUGCGGCCGUAUUUAACCGCAUAUGCAAAAUGUUGGCAUGUCAGCAGGUAGCACACGAGUAA